GAGGUUGACCGUGUUCGUCAGAUGGACAGUAGCCACGACGCCCCGGCUCCCUCGAGACGUGGGCGCCAAGAAGAGACCGACAGCAACAAACAGCAUCGCGAAGCGGUGCGCACAAGUCCACACCCACACCCACACAGACACACAAACUCAUUGAUGUGUGUCGCUGGUCAGGUGCCUGAUGAUGACGGCGGCGCCAAGAAGCGUAGACGCGUAGACAUCGGCCCUGCAGCUGGUGGUGGUGGUGCUGGUGGACACAGUGGAGGUACGCAAAGCAUCGGCUGCUGUUGGUGGACUGCACAUCGUCAUGACCCUCCUGUGCUGUGUGUUGUGGUGCCUUCAGGUGGCUCGGUUGGUGCGGGUGGUGCUGCGGCAGAGUCACAGCAGCAACAGGGAGGUGCCAUCUCACUGUCGGCAGAUCUGACGGCCCCCAUGCAGCACCCCAACCAGCAGCAGCAGCAGCAGCACCCCGUGUGGUACGUCUGCGCCCACCGCGGCAGCGAUUUUCCGCUGCGGGAUGUGCUGCAUCUGAGGAAGACCUGCAAAUGGGCCAGCGGCCUCUUCGGAGCGCCUCAGCUGCGGCAGCUGCUCAGCCAAUGGACAACUGACGAUGAACUCAGCACACAGGCGGGGCUGCGACGGACGGCCAACGGACAGCAGCUGCUGACAUUCGACGACCAGCAGAUGGGCGAGGGUGACCUGCUGGCAGCGCUGUGUGUGGCGGAGGCGGGCGGCUGGAGUGAGAUGAGCGAGGCGGUCGAGCUGGCGGGGCAGUGCGGCAACUGCCAGCUGCCUGUGAGGCUCACUGCGGCCGAUCUGCACCAAUACCCAAACAAGACGGUAAGCCAACCGAGUGAGGGAGGGAGGAAGGGAGGGAGAGAGGGAGGGAGGAUGGCUUUCAAUCGGUGUGUGGUGUGUUGAUGUGUUGUGUGUGCAGGCGUAUUUGGCCGCUCCCCGUGUGUUGGCUCAGCUCAAGAUGGUCGGCCCCCACAUCCACUUCGGCGACAACACGACCUUUGAGCUCUUCCGCUACGGCAACACACUGCGGGCCAUCAAGAACCAGGCCGCCUACGAGAUGGACAUCAACCCGCCCCUCCCUGCCAACCACCUCUACCAACAGCACCGACAGCAGCACGACCCGCCAGUCCGCAGCCGCAUCGGAUAUGCCCCGUCUGCGGGCUGGGUGGUGGCCGUGACUCCUUACAACUACUCAUCUGUGUCGUCGUUUGUCAAGAGCAUCGUCAUCGACCACUUCGCGGGCACUCACCAGAUCAACACCACUGCCCGUACAAUGGACAGGUCAGGCAGGGCAUCACUCUGUUUGGCCAUUGCCACGUCACAUACGAGUGUGUGUACGUUGUGUGUGUGUGUGUGUCAGGCAUGUCGACAACAACCAGCUGCACACCCUCAUGACGCAGUCCCCCCACACACCAGUGGAGGGGUGCACCACGACCACAUCAUUCCGCCUCACUGACUUUUUCGCUUACCGUCGUCUCGUCCUGACGGGCACCGGCCGCUCGUUCGUCGCAUGGAUCACCGUCGAGCUCCACCAACAUCGGUCAGCCCAGCUCGGCACAGCGAGGGGGAGGGAAUGCGGUGUCACUCUUAUCUCUGUCCUCUGCUGUCAUUUGGUUGCAGUGAGUGUUAAGGUCUUCACCACCGAGUCGGCUGUGUCUGGUGUGGGCGGCGCCUUCAAGGACCGCUUCCCAGUGACUUAUCGGCUGGCGCGUGCGGUGCUGGGGACCGUCAUCUCAGCCAGGAUCUUCGGCCAAUAGCCAGCUGAGGUAUGUGUGCAUCAAACACGACUGAGACGAGCAGGUGAUGCCGACACGACGUACCCAAUGGUGUGCCUUCUAUCAUUCGGUGUGUGUCAGGCCGGGCGGCGGUGCUGAUAUUGGAGCGAUCCGCCCGACAUAUUCUCUCUCGCCAGUGUGGGUUACCGGUAGAUAGAGGCGGGCGGGCGGGGACUUCCUCUCGAGCCGUGUGGUCGUGUGGUGCCAUGGUGUUGGGUGAUGGAUAGCUGGAUGGCUCGAUGGAAUGCCUCUUCCUCUCCUCAUGACACGUAAAGCUGUCAAUCGUUUCCUUACACCUCUCUGCCCGUCCGUCUGUCUGUCUGUCUAUCUCGCUCGGCCCUUUCUCUCUGUCGUGCUGCUGUCCCCUCCCCUCCGCUCCCCUCUCCCACUGCUCCCCCUCAUGUGCAGUGGCCGACCAGACCGGUGAGGUGUGUGUGGGUCGGAGAGAGAGGACAGACAGACAGCACCAGAGGGGAGAUGGGCAUACACAGCAAGGCACACACACGGUGGCCUGAUUGAAGUUAAAGGGCGGUAGGUGCUGAUGCCCUCGGCGAGCCCAAAGGCAGGCAGACAGACAGACAGCCAGACAGCCAGAUGGAAUGAUGAACGUGUUUAGUUGCAUUGAGUGAGAGGAACGGUGUGCGUUUGAUGGACGGCCGUAUGGGGGAUGUGUGUGUUCGUAUGGCUGAAUGCCUGGCUUUGCAAUGCAACGAG